AUGCAGACUGCUUCUACAAACAUUUGUGAAAGCCUGUGCAAUAAGUCCAUCCAUGACAUUUCCUUGCUACUAAAUAUUCCACGGUCAACUGUUAGUGGUAUUUUAACAAAGUGGAAGCAACUGGAAACAACAGCAACUCAUCCACAAAGUGGUAGGCAAUGUAAAAUGACAGAGCGGGGUCAGCGCAUACUGAAGUGCACAGUGUGCACAAGUCGUCAACUGUCUGCAGAGUCAAUAGCUAAAGACCUCCAAACUUCUUGUGGCCUUCAGAUUAGCACAGCGACAGAGCUUCAUGGAAUGGGUUUCCAUGGCUGAGCAGCUGCUUCCAAGCCUUACAAUACCAAGUGCAAUGCAAAGCGUUGGAUGCAGUGGCGUAAAGCACGCCACCACUGGACUCUAG